UCAAGCAAAUGAACAUCRACUACGCGUGUGGCAGCAGCCGCUUUGUAAAUAUUCUCGAUAAUCUUGGAUAGAUGCCACUAUAACGAUAAUAUACAUCAUCCUUGAAGCAUUUAUAAACCCUAAAACCUAGUGCAAUGGUGGAACACUUCAAGAAAUAGCCAAUGCUUUCAAUAUUCCCUUCGAAGCACCAACUGCAGGCCUCAAAUCGAAGCCAGUUCAAACACUCCGGUCAUCUUCUCAAACUAAACUCCAGUCAGUUCAGAAGAGAGUACAGAAGCGGAGCAGUUUAUCACGGCGAACUAGACGGCUACAAGAAAUCRGGUAAAGGCAUCUUUAAGUGGCCGAACGGGGCUUGCUAYGAUGGUGAAUACACGAACAACAAAAGGCAUGGCAGAGGGAAACAGUAUUGGCCAGAUGGGUCACUUUAUGAUGGCGAGUUUAGUGGAGACUUAAGACAAGGGUUUGGCAAACUUGUUUUCCCAGAUGGCGARACUUAUGAAGGAGAGUUUCACAAUGACAAAAAGCAUGGUAAAGGGACUUAUGUCUGGCCGGAUAAGACCAGUUUUACUGGYCAGUUUUACAUGGACAGGAAGGAAGGAUUUGGCUGCUUUACUUUUGCAAGCGGCAAUACAUUUCAAGGAAUUUACAAGAAUGAUUUGAGAGAUGGACCAGGAAUCAUGAUUUACAGUGAUGGUAGAGAAGAUGUUGGAGUUUGGCUGGAGGAAAAACUGAUUAAACUUUGCUCCGUCAUGGAAAGUGCAUUCUUGUUUCAGCAUUUCUCAGAAUACAAUGUYAAYGCUGGGGAAAAUAUCUCUGGAAAAGUCCGUCGAGCAAAUUCGGCUUGGGAAAGUGUUCGUAACACWCCWUUACUUGAUGAAAGCCAGGUUAACCAGUUUAUUAGGAAUAGUGUUCCUAGGUCUUUCCCUUAUUCAGACAUUAUUGAUGGUAUAAGAGGCGAAAGAGCAGCUAAAGGUCCACUAGAAAUGCAAUCAGAGGAGUUAUUAAAAUAUGCUACGGCUGGAGAUUGCUUUGGUGUGGAAGACUUGUUGCAAACUGGUGAUGUCCAUGUUGAUGUUGCAGAUAAAACUGGUUACACUCCUUUACUAGCAGCUGCAGUGAACUGUCAUCGUGAUGUAAUCAACUGUCUAUUAGACCAUGGCGCUAAUGUUAACAAACUCAACGACGAAGGUCUGUCUGUAUUAGCUGCUUGYCACGUGCUAUUCUAUACUAGACAUACCUGGAAAGACAACAUCGCUGAAACGAUACCAGAAGAAAAUUUAUUUAACUACAUUCAAGAGGACACUCAAAAAGGAAUAUUUGUUCACAGGAACUGCCGGACUGCGGACUCUGAAAAGAGCGAYAAUGUCGAUAACAGUAUYGACAAAGAGGACUUGCAUGACGACCUUUCUGUUGAGGAACUUAAAAUUGAUGAUAAAACUGAACAAGGAAUCCAUAUUGUUGACAGAAACUUUGAGAGACGACUGUCUUUGAAAAUACAACGCGGGUUUGAUAAGGAAUUAUUUCUUAAAAGAACUAAAAAUAUUAAAAACGAAGCUGACGCAAACAGCGAACAUGAAACUAGCAGUUUAUCAACGGAGCAAGAAAAGACUGACAAUAGCAAUAAAUCUGUACACGAYACGUCCAUGUUUAGUAUUUUGAGUGUCAUGAGCACAAAGAACGUUUCUUCAGAUACCUACACAGAUGAAACUUUGAGCGAAACAAGUUUAGAGCAAAACAAGCAGUGUUUUCUUACUAUGCAAAGACGUCCACAUCUAGAGGCAACAGUUCGUCUUCUUCUCAAGCGCGGCGCUGAUCCCAACGCUUCGUCUCUUCCUAUGCCUGUCUUGUUUUUUGCUACAAAAGCUGCUGACACAGCGGCUAAUGAAAUAUUACUACAAAAAGGUGCGGACACAUCGGCUCGACUGUCCCAUGAGAAACUUGGUAUAGCCCCAUUACAUAUCGCUGUGGCAUUACCAGACCCUUCUGGGAUUCUCAUUACCGAGUUGUUGUUGGAGUCUGGUGCCAACGCUGACAUUAGAGACAGUGCGUUUGGUGAAGAAGAGGAGAAUGGUAGAACACCCCUUCAUAUCGCUUGUUGUAGAGAAGACAAUAACGAGGACGCAUGCGUAGUUGUUCGUCUUCUUCUCWGCAAAGGAGCCAAUCCUGAUCUGAUAUGUGAAGGACAUUCUCCUCUGUCUUUAGCAAUCUGCAGUGGGAAUGACUUGGCUGUUGAUGCUUUGCUAGAAUAUGGUGCUAACCCUAGUCUUAAGCUGAAGAAAGGCGUAGGCUCAGCUCUUUGUGCUGCMACAUCAUUUGCUGCYGAAAGAAGACGUACUCCACAGAAAAGAAUAAAACUGAUCGACAAACUAAUGCGUCAUAAGGCAAAUAUCCUCGCUCCAAUCACUGUCACCAUCCGUUUUCCACCAGGAACUGUUGUGGACUAUGCUUACAAUGUCUUCUAUCAGGAUCGAAAAAUUGCUCACACUCCUUACCACGCCUUGACUAUCGCYGAACGUGAUUGCUAUAACGCGAGACGUCACAUGUUGCAGCAUUUAGGGGAUUUACUGAGGACACAAGUUUUAAUGAAAGAAAAAGAGCUGAUUGAAAAACAACUUCAGGAAGCUGAGAAAACAGAUUUAACCGACCCUUCACGCGGUACUAGCCAACAUGGUAUUCUCAAAUCACACGAAAAGACAGCAAAAUCCCAGGAAGUCACGGAAACCUUUGAGCAUCGCUCGGCGAAUGGUUUAUUGAGUCGUGUGACCUUCAACCUCGAUGCAGACAAGACGGAGUUCUUAGAUCUUGACAAUGCCGAGGCUGAUCGAGAAAUCCAGGCGAUCAUGAAUAAGACUCCUGAAACCACAGACCGGCAGAGAAAAAAUAGCCAACAAGAGUUGCUGGCCCAGGCCUAUCGAUCCUUGAGCAUGUCGCCCGGUCGUGACGAUAAGUGUGGUCUGAGGAUAGCUGUCAUGAAGACUGCUGACCACAUGACAAUAUCAGCAUUGGCAACCGAGACGCUGAAGAUGAGAAGGAAAGUCAUGAAAAAUCGUUUCCGAUACUGUUACGAGUGUGGUCGAUCGAUAGGUGUUCGACUCUCGGCUUGUACUCGGUGUAAAGAGGUCUUCUAUUGCAGCAAGUCGUGUAAAUUAAAGGCUUGGAAUGCCAGACAUCGCGAGGAGUGCGUACGAUUAACAGGUGGUUCAAAGCUAAACAUACCACAAAGAGACGAAAGCCCCACCCCAACCACAGAUCCCGACGCUCCUUCCAAGUCUAUUACUCCCUCGCAUUCUCAUGUUGGAACGAGGAACGCCAGUAAAUUAGGCAAACGAACUAUUAAAGACACCGCUGAUCAAGGGAAAAAGGGCGCAUCUGUGACGUCAAGAAAUAGCAGCAGACGAUCUGUACAUCGACCAACAGCCAAAGCUAAAUGACCGACUGCUGAAUCCUAUGACGUCAUGAUUGGGGCACUGACAAUCAUGUGAUGUGCUUCAGGCAAUCACGUGACUAUCAAUGCAACCCCCACAAAAUGAAGCCCAGUGACAGAUGCCCAGAUAGUUAAAGCGUGAAAUAAAUAAAUUUACUUAGUAAAUUGAACAAUUACAAUUUAAUAUGCGAAUAUAUAUAAUAGUUUAGUAGCAAAUAAAAGAU